AUGGACAUAAGGGAUCGAUCGGCGGAAUUUCACAAGAGUGUGCUCGUUUACAAGAAGAGGCACAAUGCUAAUUCACGACAUGCAGAACCGCAGAGCAACGGGAUACCGGGGAAGUCGUCGGAGUUCCAGUUGAAGGCGUCUGGUAUAGCCCACGAUAUCUCAUCUACAGCCCAGCUGUUAUCGAAGCUGGCCAUGUUGGCCAAGCGGAAGCCGAUGUUUAACGAUAAUCCCGUGGAGAUAGCUGAGCUAUCAUUUCUGAUCAAGAGGAAGAUAUAUGCCAUAGAGCAGAGUCUAGUAGAACUGAGCAAACUGCAGAGGUCGCGACAACAGCAGCCUCGAGACUCCUCUAGUGAUUCACAACACUCAAAGAACGUAAUGACCCUAUUAAACACCAAAGUGAGGAACAUAUCAGGCGCUUUCAAAGAUGUGCUGGAAGAGAGACAGCAGAUGGAGAUCAACAAUCGGGACAGAUGGGGAAAGAUCUCGAGAUCCAAGGACGGUGAUCGAGACGACGAAGCCAGGAGCGAUGCAAAUUUAUCGAUGUACAAUAGUUCAAACCCGUUCAUGUCGUCAGUAAUAGCAGAGACAGACGAGAAGGGCACGCAGAAUGGCGGUGGCGAGCUUGCAAUACCAAAGGAUUCACAGCUCCUGUUGAUGGAAGAGGGCCAAAUGUCGUCAAACCAAUAUCUGCAAGAGAGGAACCGGGCCGUGGAGACUAUAGAGUCCACUAUCCAGGAGGUGGGCAACCUUUUCCAACAGCUGGCGUCCAUGGUGCAAGAGCAAGGCGAAGUGAUCCAAAGAAUAGACGCCAACGUCGACGACAUAGACAUGAACAUCAGCGGCGCGCAAAGAGAGCUACUGAAAUACUUUGAUAGAGUAAAGAGCAAUAGGUGGUUGGCAGUCAAGAUCUUCUUUAUCAUCUUUGUGUUUUUCGUGAUAUGGGUACUGGUCAACUGA